CGCUCUGCGCCUCAGGACCCCUCCUGCUAGGGCUCUGGGCUGCCCGCGGCGCGCCUGACUGAGCCGCCGGUGCCGCCUGCCCCGGCCCGCCCGCCCGUUUUGCCCGCUUUGCUCUCGGUGCCCGCUUUGCUCUCGGUGCUCACGCCGUUCUCGGUGCCCGCGCGGGGCCGCUCCGGUGUGCGCAGGCCCGGCGGCGGGCGCAGGCGAGCCGCGGGCAGCGUGGGGUCCUGCGUGGCUCAGGGCACGUGGCGGCGGCGGCGGCGCUGGGGCCAUGGGCGGGCUGGAGAAGAAGAAGUACGAGCGCGGAGCCGCCACCAACUACAUCACCCGGAACCGAGCACGGAAGAAGCUGCAGCUGAGCCUGCCCGACUUCAGGCGCCUCUGCAUCCUCAAGGGGAUUUACCCCCACGAGCCCAAGCACAAGAAGAAGGUGAACAAGGGCUCCACCGCCCCCAGGACCUUCUACCUGCUCAAAGACAUCAAAUUCCUGCUCCAUGAGCCCAUUGUCAACAAAUUCCGGGAGUACAAGGUGUUUGUCAGGAAGCUGCGCAAGGCCUACGGGAAGAGCGAAUGGGGCACUGUGGAGAGGCUGAAGGACAACAAACCCACCUACAAACUCGACCACAUCGUCAAGGAGAGGUACCCCACGUUUGUGGAUGCCCUGAGGGACCUGGACGAUGCCCUGUCCAUGUGCUUCCUGUUCUCCACCUUCCCCCGCACGGGCAAGUGCCACGUGCAGACCGUGCAGCUGUGCCGGCGCCUGGCCGUGGAGUUCCAGAACUUCAUCAUCGCCUCCCGCUCCCUGCGCAAGGUGUUCCUCUCCAUCAAGGGCAUUUACUACCAGGCAGAGGUGCUGGGGCAGCCCAUCACCUGGAUCACCCCCUAUGCCUUCGCCCACGACCACCCCACAGACGUGGAUUACCGGGUCAUGGCCACCUUCACCGAGUUCUACACCACCCUCCUGGGCUUCGUCAACUUCCGCCUCUACCAGUCCCUGAACCUGCUGUACCCCCCCAAGAUCGACAGCCAGGUUGAGGAUGAGCUGAAGCCUGCAGAGGGCAAGGAGUACGCCAUGGAUUCAGAGAGCCACCUGGAGAGGCUCUCGGCUCUGAGCGCCAGCCUGGCCCGGGCAGUGGCUCCAACCCACGAGGAUGAGGUGGAGAUGGAUGAAUUCCCAGUGGAGGGGGAGACAGCAGAGCUGAUGGACGCCAAGAAGAAGGAGCAGGAGUCUCUGGAGAAGCACAAGAAGCUCUUUGAGGGGCUGCGCUUCUUCCUCAACAGGGAGGUGCCCCGGGAGCCGCUGGCCUUCGUCAUCCGGUGCUUUGGCGGCCAGGUGUCCUGGGACAAGUCCUUGUGCAUCGGUGCCACCUACGACGCCACCGACCCGUCCAUCACCCACCACAUCAUCGACCGGCCCCGCCUGGACAAGCAGGUGGUUGGCAGGUACUACCUGCAGCCCCAGUGGGUUUUUGACUCGGUAAACGCCAAGCUGUGCCUGCCUGUGGCCGAUUAUUUCCCCGGGGUCCUGCUGCCCCCGCACCUCUCGCCCUUCGUGACGGAGAAGGAGGGUGACUACGUCCCUCCCGAGAAGCUGAAGCUGCUAGCCCUGCAGAGGGGAGAGAAUCCAGAGGAAGAGAGUGAAGAGGAGGAGGAGGAGGAAGAGGAGGAAGGGGAAGGUGACAAUGACAAAGAAGAGGAGGAAGAGGAAGAUGAGUCUGAGAAAGAAGAGGAGAUGAAAUUACAGAAGAUGGAAGAGCAGAAGAUGGAAGAGCAGAAGACUCAGAGCACACAGAGCAACAAGGUGCUCCCUGUGAAGGUGACAGCGGGGAAGGUGCGGCUGGAGGACAAGCAGCGCCUGGAGCAGGAGCAGCAGAACGAGGAGAAGCGCUUGGCCAUCAUGAUGAUGAAGAAGAGGGAGAAGUACCUCUACAAGAAGAUCAUGUUCGGGAAGAAGCGCAAAAUCCGCGAGGCCAACAAACUGGCUGAGAAGAGGAAAGCCCACGAUGCAGCCCUCAAGGAGCAGAAGAAGAAGAACAAGAAGGCACGACAAGCGUGACGGGGCCGGGGGCUCCUGGAUGGUUUUCCACUGUUGCCUUUGGGUGGAAAACCCUUGCCUUUGCUCCUGGGGCAGAAAUGCUGUGUUUGAAACGUUUCCCAUCUGUAAAUCCACCUGCUGCUCUGCCUUUGCCCCGCUCCCCUCUGCGGAGUCGGUGUUACAAGGACUGUCCUCUCCCUGCUGGUGCCACCUCUGCGUGAGGAAGAGGAGGCCAAGGAGAGCUCUGGGAUUGUUCCGUGUGAAUUUGCACAGCCCUGGCUGCUGGAGCCUGGCCCCCAGAGCUCCCCAGGGCAGAGGAGUGUGGAGCCCAGAGCCCACUGCUUCCCAGUGUCCACACAGAAAAAUAUAUUCCUCUGUAUUUUUAUUUUUAAUUAAAGAAGGUGAUGCUUUU